AUGGAGUUAGACGAACCGAAUCACGGAGGAGCUGCUGCUGGCAUCGCAGACAAGGGCACGUUCGACGCAGCAGCCCCGUCUGCAAAAGAGAAAGUCGUCGAGAUCGAAGUUCACGGUUUGAAGGCCAGGAUCUUCCUGAAUUGUUCCGAAGAAGACCUCGUCCCUUCACGAUACCUCAGAAAAGCCGAGCGAUCACCCGUGGCACAACGCACGAUCUGGCUUUUCCGUCACCAACAGAAUGCGCGCCAGGUCAAUCUGAACCGGUGGUCGAAGGUCGACAUCCGUUUCCGAGGGGUGUUUAAGACGCUUAAGAAGGUACCGCGAUUUCGAAAGGGAUUGUACGAAGAUGAUGCAGGUGCGUUGAAGAUCACGCGUGAGACAGAGAAUCACGAAUCUUAUUUUUAUCUUCGUGCUCGACUGUUGAGCUGCCAAUUGGAGUACUGGACCGGAUAUCGCGAGAAGUACAAGGAUACCCCGAUUACGGCGGGAUUGUUAGCCGUCGAACAUCACCCGGAGCAACAUUCUACGCGUACGGUUCUCCCUGUAUCCACGUUGCUCAUGAACAUCCACCGCUUGCACCCCCCUGGCGAUAAGUUCCCCGACCAAGAAGUGUUUCUGAUCGGCUUGCAUGGAUCCCGAUUGCAUAUCUUUCGAGGCAUCUUCCCUGGACACAAGACCUCUCGGCUCUGGAGCGGCCGGCACAACGCAUCUGGAACCGACACGGAGAUGAGGCAACUCGUCGUCAGUAGUGCCAACCACCGGUUCUACGGCCGACAGAAUCUAGAGCGGUUCAUGCAGAAGGUCGAGUGGCUCCAAUUGUCAACCUCUGACAGCGAGCCGGAUCCGCGCGUCUUUCGCAUCCUGGGGAGUAAGGAAUACGAUCUGUGGGUUGAAUCGGACUUUUACGCCGCGCUGCGAUUGCUGGUGGGUUUGAUCAUGUAUCUGAUGAGCGGGCGCGCACGGUGUGGCAUCCUGCAAUAUAAUUUUAGUUGCUCGCCGUAUGAUGAGGAUGACGAGCCCGACUCGGAGGAUGAGGAGCUGCGAAGGAAGGUCGCGCAGGAGGAAGACGAUGUGGUCCAACAGGAACGAAAGCUGAGGACCCUGAAAAAGCAGAAACGGGAGGAGGAUCAGGAGCGGUUUUGGAGGCGAGAGGCAAUGCGAUCGUCGACAAACGACCGCAUUGGAGGAUUCAAGGAUUUUCGCCAACCGUGGUGGGACUGGGUCUGGGAGGACAAGCAUGAUGAUGGAUGUGCCAAAGAUGAUGCCGACGUGAUUUUUGAAGGCCCUUAA